AUGGGUCGUGCUGGUAUCAUCGGCGUGGUGCUGUGUGCCAUUGUGCUGCCCUUUGCGGCGGCCCGCUCCAUGAUCGAGCUGACCACGGUAGACGAUGGCCCAGUCAGUCUGAUCCCAUCUACUGUUCAGUACAAUUGGUCUGACACCUCGCCCAGCGGCAUCGCGAGGGGGACUCCCGACAUCCCCGCAUCCGACCCUCGCCUGCAACCUGCCCCGGAGGGCUACCCGGAGCAGGUCAGCGUCACCUACUACGGCCCCACUUCUGUUCGUUUCGGCUGGGCUACAGGCCAAGCUCAGACCGGAUACGGAGCCCUGGAGGGGUUCCAUGACAGCACCGGGAGCAAUGUGCAGCUGGGACUCUCGCCCAGCGCAUACACGGACGUACUGGAAGGAACCUCAUCCCACUACGACCAGAUCUACUACGGCUUCUCCAACGCGCUCAACUAUACGAGCCCCAAGCUGCACUCUGUGGUUGUCGAGGACCUCACCCCCAACACCAGCUACUUCUAUCGUGUGGGGGAUCUUAAGAGCCAGUACUGGAGCGAGGAGUACAACUUCACCACCCCUCCAGCUGGGCCAAGCUACCCCCUCCGAUUUGGUCUCGUUGCGGAUGUGGGCCAGACCGACAACUCGUCCGACACCUUCAACCACCUGGCAGCCAGCGAGCCCCAGGUGGUCCUGUUCAUUGGCGACUUGUCGUAUGCUGACAACUAUGAGGCCAACGGGACCUUGUACCCCUGGAACAAUAACAUUUCAUAUCCUGGAGAGGACAUCUGGAUUCCCUUCGAUGUUGAGUACGGAACCUUCCAACCCCGUUGGGACAAGUGGGCUCGCCUGGCGGAGCCUGUGACCUCAUCCGUUCCAUUCUUGUUCACCGUUGGAAACCACGAAAUGGAGCCCCAGAGCAAUGGACGCAAGUUUGUCUCUUACAAUGCCCGGUACCCAUCCAACUACGAGGCCAGCGGCAGCUCCAAUGCCCUCUGGUACUCUGUGAAUGUCGGCCCGGCCCACAUCGCCUUCAUCACUUCCUAUGCUGAUUACGACCAGGAUUCUGCUCAGUACAAGUGGCUGGCUGCUGAUCUGGCAAAUGUCAACAGGACGGAGACGCCCUGGCUCAUCGUUGGCUUCCAUGCCCCUUGGUACACAUCUUACCGGUCCCACUACCAGGAGGCCAACUGCCAGAGGCUUGCAAUGGAGCCGCUGCUCUUUGAGAAUGGCGUCGACCUUGUCCUGAACGGUCAUGUGCAUGCCUACGAGCGCACCUUCCCCGUCUACAACUACACCCUGAAUGACUGUGGGCCCGUGCACCUCACUCUGGGUGACGGCGGCAACAUUGAGAAGCUCGCAGCGGUGUUUGCUGACUACCCAGGCUACUGCCCCGCAGUGCCUGUGCAUGGGCCCUCAUACCAGCCAGAGGUCUGCAACCAGCUGCUCUACGAUGGCGAGUUCUGCUCCACCUCCCAGCCCGAGUGGUCUGCCUUCCGGGAGCCGUCCUUUGGGCACUCCGUCCUUGACAUCCUGAACGACACGCAUGCGCACUUUGCCUGGUACCGCAACCAGGACGCCGAUACAUCCGUCGCUGAUGAGGUCAUUCUGGUCCGCAACCCAGAGGAGUGCGGGAUCCCGCUGGAGGGUCUCAACAGCCAGGCCUAUUGA